AUGGCUGAUCCCGAACUUGAAAUGCUUCGACAGCAACGCAUGUCUCAACUACGUUCGCAAUAUCAGAGACAAAAAAUCCAAGACAUGAAACAUUCAAUUUUAUCACAAGUAUUGGAUCAGCCAGCUAGAGCACGGCUGAACACUUUGUCAUUGGGUAAGCCAGAAAAGGCAAAAAUGGUCGAAGAAAUGCUUGUUAAUAUGGCACAGAGAGGACAAUUACCAGGAAAAUUAGGUGAAAAAGAACUCAUUAGUUUAUUAGAAAGUGUUAAUCAACAAACACAAAAAACAACAACUGUUAAGUUUGACAGAAGACGUGCAGCUUUAGAUAGCGACGAUGAUUUGUAG